GAAGAAUUACGAGAAGAACUUGAAGUGAUGGCCGAGUCCCUUGAGGUUGAAGAGAAGCAGACUGCGAGACUCAGGAAGGAGAUUGAGAUCCUAAAGACGCAGUUGGCUCAGGCUGGAGAAAAUGGGGCAAUAGCCACGACUCCGAGAGGUGAAAUUUUAAGGCCGUGUAGUUAUAAUAAGAAAUCCAUCUUAGCAGCUAGUUCGUUGUAUCUAUCAAUCUCACUUGCUUGGGCCCGUUUCAUCUGGUGCUGCAGAACGAAUAAGAGCGAACAUGCUCCCUUGAGGCCAACAGAGCAUGCUAAUUGGGGUCCUGUUGAUGGAUUUAGCUGAAAAAUCUUGAAGGUUCCGCUUUUGGGUGGAUGUUCGUCCAUAGAACGGAAACUGGUCACCAAGAUUCUUACUUACUCCGCAAAACGAAGGUGGACUUCUCCUAUGAAUGUAUCAAUCUCUAAACAAAGUCGUCAAGACACCGAAACAACCACCAAG